CUUCUUCAUCAUCGGUGUACGUGAAAAAAAAAUAAUUAUAAAAGAAUAUAGAAAAUCCUUCCUUUUCAGUUUCUCUUUCACACAUUUUUCUUCAUUUCCACUCGAAUCCGAAAGAACCAGAAAAAAAAAACCCAGAAAAGAAGAAAAUCAGAGAAAUUAAGCGAACCCAGAAAAAAAAGAUGUCUUCCCCAAGCAAACGCCGAGAAAUGGAUAUGAUGAAGCUGAUGAUGAGCGAUUAUAAAGUGGAGACGAUCAACGAUGGCAUGCAAGAGUUCUUUGUUGAAUUCAAUGGACCCAAAGACAGUCUGUAUCAAGGAGGUGUGUGGAAGAUAAGAGUUGAGCUUCCAGAUGCUUAUCCUUACAAAUCUCCAUCUGUUGGUUUCAUUACUAAGAUUUAUCACCCAAAUGUUGAUGAACUGUCGGGUUCUGUUUGUUUAGAUGUGAUCAAUCAGACUUGGAGUCCAAUGUUUGACCUUGUGAAUGUGUUUGAGACAUUUCUUCCUCAGCUUCUUCUGUAUCCAAACCCAUCAGAUCCAUUGAAUGGAGAAGCUGCUGCACUGAUGAUGCGUGAUCGUCCUGCGUAUGAACAGCGAGUUAAAGAAUACUGUGAGAAGUAUGCAAAACCAGGGGAAGGUUCAGAAGAUAAGUCCAGCGAUGAAGAACUAAGUGAAGAGGAAUUUGGUUCUGAUGACGAUGAAGAUGAUGAUGAUGAUGUUGCAAUUGCAGGCAAACCAGAUCCUUGAACCGGGAUUUGGUAGGGGACGACUUGUUUUAUGUAUAUGAUCGAUCAUGAAUAUUUUAUUUAUGCUUAUAAGUUACUGAACUGUGAAAUCUCCCGUUGUGUUUGUUUACCUGUUUUUAAAUUUACCGGUCCGGACGUUUGUGUACAUUAUUAAGACCGAACCGAAUUGUUAGUCUUUUCCGAUUUCAAAUAAAUUGGUCAUACCGGUUUAGACCGUUUAUUGGUUCGAUAA